AUGGCCCAGAGUGCGAAUUCUCAAAGUGUGACUUCUUCAACCAAGGACAAUGGUGUUCUUUGUGAUUGUAACCGAUCAGUGAAGAUUGUGAGAGCUUGGACCCGCGAAAACCCUGGGCGAAGGUUCCUUGGUUGUAUAGGACGUCGAGUAGGCAACAGGUUUGAGUAUUGCAACUUCUUUCACUGUUUUGAUGUGGAGAAACCACACGGAUGGCAUAAUCUAGCAUUAUUGGAGGCAAGGGACAUCAUAAGGGAGCAAAAAGAGGAGAUUGCAAGGCUGUCUGCUUGGUUCUUGUGGAGGUCGUGGGUUAUGGGCAGACCUAUCAUAAACCCGGUCUCCAAAAACUUCAAAGGGGCGUUCAGUGUAUGGACUCCAAAAUGUUCCAACACCGUAUGGAACUGGUGCAAUUUUUCUUAUCUUGAGUAG